AUGGAUGAUGAGCAUCUGAACAGCCCUAUGUCCGGGAUUUAUGGGUCACAAUCUUUCCCUUCACCCAAUGUUCCUCACGAACAGUUUCAUUCGACUCGUUAUGAUCACUUCAGUUCUGCUUUGAUAUCACCUCAUUACACUCCACCCUACAGUCAGCCUAACCCGCAUCAUGCCUCAUCUUUGAUGUUGCCCCCGGAACAACCUCACCUACGUGGCCGUGUUGUAGAACAGCAGCCUGAGAUCAACCCCGGCCCCUUAUCCUCAACUUCCCCAGUCAAGGCUCAACGUACUCACAGUAGUCAAACAACUAAGAAACAAGAUGCUACUUCUCUCGAGUCGAGAGGAUCUGAAGAUGUCCAUCGCAUAUGGUCCAAACAAAAAAAUCAGUCUGGUGAAUCAGCGUACGAUAUACUGAUUCAGUGGGUCCUUGUGCCCGGAAACUACAAUCGAUGGCGAGCCAAAGGCUCCAAGAAAACUGAGAUUGCCGAGGAGAUUCAUCGAAUCAUGGAGGACAAGGGGAUCUUUGGGAGGAACCCUAGCGGUGUGUACCAACAGCUUCACACGUUGGAGCUAAAAUAUCAAGCUGCUCUUGAGGAGACAAAGAAGACGGGUGGCGGACUUAAUGGGUUCUCAGGCGAGAAGUCAUUCUCAGAUGUGGUAGACCAAAUCGAAGCGAUAUGCCCCCACUUCUAUGAGUUGGAUGCUGUCAUAGGUGAUCGGCCUUCAGCAACCCCACUCAAUCACCUUGAGUCUUUGAGUCAUCUCGACACCGAGGCCUGUAUGGAAGCUCUUGGUCUCCCUAGCUCACAGGCGAGUGACAAUAACACCACCUCGGACGUGGGUGAUACCAACCAUCCGUUUGAGAUCCCACCACCUCUCAACCACUCAGCACUAUUACGAGCCAUCAAUCAGGCCGAACACCCCGGUACCGCUAAAAAUCCCAAGCGUAGACGAGAUUCAUCGGUCGGAAGAGAUGAGUUGGAAUCCUCGUCAUCGCUUGGUUCUAGCGCGAAGAAGGCCCGUGCGCCACGAGUUGGUUCGUUCUUGAAAUCAGUAGGAUUUGAUGAGAAGCCUGAUGAUUUCAAGAAUCCUCGAAAACAAGGCUCUGUCGCUGAGGAGCUGGUGAAAUUCCAAGACACCAACUCAAAACAGCGCGAGCGCGCUCUUGACUUGCAAAGCGAGGCGAUCAAAGGUCAAAUCUCCAUCGGAGAAACCAUUGGAGGUGCAAUGCUUGAUAUGACUGAUGUCCUGAAAGUGAUUGCGAAUCCUCCCAAGGAUAAAACUACUCAAGAGUUAGACAACUUAAGACUCAACCGAGAGAAAUCCGACUACGAGUAUUGGCUUGCCAAGCAAAGGGCUGAGAUCUUGGACAUUGAGCUUGAACGGAAAGCGAAACUGAUCGAGCGUUUUGAAAAGUCUGGAAAGUCCUUCAGCGAAGCAAACCAAAUUGCUGAUCAAAUGAUUGAAGAACAAAAAAAAAGAAUGGCAGAUUAG